AUGGCUACCAGGCGCCCAGUUGACCCCUUCACGGGACACAACUCUCCUGGCCCACAUCAUGGUACAUAUCGAGGUCGUGCAGGCACCAUAGCGCAGCCUUUCCAGACACCAGAGCCGGGUCCUUCUGGAACGCCUAAUCAACAGGAGCAGUUCCCGAGUCUAGGAGGCUUAUACGCCCAUCUUCCUUCUAUGGGAGAAGCUGCACGUGGAUAUUAUCCCUAUGACCCUGCACAAACCCCAACUCCAACCCCUCGGAACCCUCACCCUUUUAGCCAGCUACGAGCUGUGCAUAGCCCACUCCCCGCUCCAGUGCCCCAGCAUCCGCUCCAUUAUGGUCCUCCAGGGCUUCUCUCUCCUGCAUUCUACCCCACUGAAGGCACCAUGGCUCCUCAGUCUAUGAGAGCCGGAGCCCAGGGGCAAGCAGGGUACUUUGAGCAGAUCCCAGACCUGAACAAACCGUUUAGCACAGUUGCUAUGAGGGAGGAGAUGCCUAUUGGCAGUUUUGUGCAUACUCGUCAGGCACCUCGCUGGGGCGUUAUCAAGAUAUCAAAUAUUCCUUAUUCAGUUACCAAAAAUGAGAUCGCGCAGUUUGUAGGACGCCCAGCGCGCCUUAUCAAAGGAUGCCCGAUCCAUAUUAUCAUGGAGCGCUCGACCGCAAAAACUAUGGACUGUUUUGUUGAAACUGAAACUCAGGAAGCAGCCCAGAGAACAGUUGACCGAAUCAACAGCAUCUAUGAGACUGGCCGAGCACCCCGUCUUGGUCUUCGCCGUGUGGACGUGGAGUACAGUAACCAAGAUGCGCUCUUGAAAGAUCUCUUUCCAAGGGCCAAAUGCAUCGCCUGGGAAGAUGGUAUGCCCAGGGAACUUCCAAACACCGAUCCGUACUCCACGGGCUUUUCUGGUUUUAUUACUAGUGAAGAGAUCGUGGGAGCUAUUCGUCAUGCUGAAAUCCCUCACCGUUCGCCUUUCAGUGUUAAGUGCCCUCAGCGCACCUAUGAGUCGACGAUCAGUACGCUUUACAAGUUUCCAUGGUACGCCACAAUGUUGUACACGGUCGAUGAUCGCAAUCAACUGUUUGACCUGACGAAGCGGCACUUGAUAUCUCUUGCAUCCCGUAUUGACAGAACUCAAACCAUGGGCCUGGACCAAAAUCUGCUGCGAGAUCUUCUCUAUGCAGGAUUUAAUUGUCCGGCCUUCAACGAACGUCAGAAAUAUACUCUGUGUGUGAAUUCUAACCUUGCACCAGAGAUCGCUAGGUUUCCAGAUAUCAGCAAGUGGUUUCCGUUCGACACUUUAGUGCAGCUGCCCGACUUUAACAAGGAUACAAUCUUGGUAAGCCCUUUGUCCUUUUUCAUUGGAGUCCACUCCCGACUAUUUAACCUCCUUCCCUUCUCUUGGACAAAGGACGCUUACGUGUCAUUCUUCCAGUAUUAUGCGAACUUGAUAUCCAGGGGAACGAUCCCCGAUCAUGGAAUCCCACACCUGACGAACACUUUCCCGCAGGAAAGGAAUGAUCUUCGCUCUCCGUACGGUCGUGUGUGGUUUGAGUGGCCCUCGAAUAUCACCAAAAAAGUGCUCUGGGAAAAGGCCGUUCGUACUGAAAUGCAAAUACUAGGCAAUCUUGUCCUUACUGGUUGGGUGACAAAGGAUAACGAAGCCAAAGCUAGACUGGCAGCUGCGGGACCCUCGUCUUCAACCAGACAUGACACUCGACGCACUCUCAGUGGUUCAGUUGCUGGCUCUGAAGAAAGCCUAGGUCUCCAAACAUCCUCCAGACUUGAGAUCUUCGCCACUCCAUCGCGCCGUGUGACUGAGGCUGGUCCAUCUCAUUGUCCAGAGCGGGAAGAGGCGGAUGAAACCCCUCGUCCAUUCAAUGACAGCGAUCAAAGCCCUUGGACCCGGAGGCUUCUCAUGUUCCCCCCAGGCACAGCAAGGGAAGGCUUUAAUUUUGGCCAUCGAAACACAAAGUCCUCUCCGGGUAAUCUCACACCUUCUGGUGUUUAG